CGAUUCCCAGGCAUCUCGGGGCGGGACUUUUGCCGGCGUUGGCCAUGGCGGCUGCCUCUGUUGCUGCACACGUUGGGGGGAAAAGGUGGCCGUUCUUAGGGCUCAUGUGGACCAGAGCCUUUUCCGUCUCCUGUACUCACCGGCACAAGAAGAAAUGGGCAGCCACCCGUCCUAAGCUCUCUGCUAUCAGACUGGCUCUGCAGAAUUUCGACAUAAACUACAGUGUGCAGUUUGACAGCCUCUGGCCUUCGAUACGUAUCAGUCUUCUCUCAGAGCAGAAAUACGGAGCUCUUUUCAACAAUUUCUCCAAUAUACAGCAAGUCACCCAGGAACUGGAGCAUCUGAAUGCUGUGGAUUUUAUUUGGGAAUCUCAGAAAGUGGUGCAAGAUCUGGCUUCUACAGCAGCACAACAGGCUAGUGAACCAGCCAUGUUAACAGGAACUCUGGCUGUAUCUGCUGAGCCUCAACUACAGCCACUUCCUUGUCUUUCUACACUAAUUAGUCCCAACAUCAAAUGUUACACGUUCCCCAAAGGAGACCUCAGCCUCUUUCCUCCUGCCAGACCAGACACACUUGGAAUCCUGGGCUACUACCUCUUGGAUGCUGCAUCAGUCCUGCCUGUAUUGGCUCUCAAUGUGCAGCCUGGUGAUUUAGUCCUUGACCUUUGUGCAGCACCAGGUGGAAAGACACUAGCACUUCUACAGACUGGAUGUUGUCGAGAACUAGCAGCCAACGAUAUCUCUGCUUCUCGCACUGGCCGGUUGAAUAGAGUUCUCCGUAGCUACGUUCCCCAAAACAUCUGUGAUAUACUUCGGAUUACAUCAUGGGAUGGAAGGAAGUGGAGAGAUUUAGAGGCAAACACUUAUGAUAGGGUGCUUGUGGACGUGCCAUGCACAAAUGACCGGCAUUCAGUCCUGGAAGAGGACAAUAACAUGUUCAAAAACAUGAGAAAAGGGGAGCGUCAGAUGUUGCCAAUGCUGCAGCUGGAGUUGCUUGUUUCUGCAAUCCUUUCUGCCAAGCCAGGAGGAGAGGUGGUGUACUCAACAUGUUCCUUGUCCCAGCUUCAGAAUGAGUAUGUGGUUGAGAGAGCAGUGGAGUUACUAAAAAUCCAAUACAACAUUGAAGUCCAUGUUGAGGAUCUAAGUAUUUUCCGGAGACUUUUCCAGGGCACAUUUUCUUUCUUUCCUAACUGCCGACUUGGGGAGCUUGUUCUUCCCCACCUCACAGCCAACUUUGGACCCAUGUACUUUUGCAAAUUGCGCAGAUUGGAAUAGAAUAGACAGAGUAGUCUAUGGAAGGAGCUUUGCUUCUGACGUUUGUCAUUUGAUUAUUGAAUUUCCAAAACGGCACAACCAUCUUUCUUGAAGUGACUGCGCCUUCAGCUUUGCAUGUUUCUCAUGACCUGUGAUUGGUUGCCAAAAACAUCUGUGCAUCGACAGUCCGUGCCUUGGGAAACAACAUUUUUGUGCCACUGCCUGGAAGAUCCAUCUAAGUCACAUGCCUAUGAAUGCUGCCCUACACCCAUUAGAGGUAUUUAUACAUUACUUCUGUCAUGUGGAUUACCUGCAUAGGCAAAGUUCUGGGAAGUUGCUCCUCAUAUUUCCCAGAAACCACUGAAUAAAAAAUGUUAACAGAAAUAUUAACUUUUUGUGCUUUUCUUCAUAUUUUUCCAUGGAUUGAGCUGUCCUUUAGACCAGAUAUUAAGUCAAAGGGUGGGGAAGGGGCUGGGGAAGAAAAACAUAUGCCUUGGCAUGCUGUAAAAUCAGCCGAUUUCUGACAAUGUUGAGUUGAAGCAGAGACGGUGUGAUACAUGCAUUUGCCACAUGCCUGUCAGCUACUUCUCAAGCUGAACCUGGCAGACUACAUGCUCUGUGGAGUCUUCUAUCCUCAAACCAACAUAACAAGACCAUUAUUGUUAUCUUUUAAAUGCCAGUUUAGGGGGGGAAAGUUUUUAUUGUCUGCAUGAGAUCUGCAGGGUCAGAUAUCAGAGGGUAACUAGUUCUUUAGGUUCACAUCUCAAAAGGACCUGAUCAAAUCAAGGUCAUUCGUUGAGUAGAAAAGACUACAUCAGAUGCAGCAGGAAGUGUCCUUAUUUGUUCACAAGUUCUAGAUAUAAUGUAACUGAAUAGAGUUGGGAAAGAGCAUGGGACAACGUUCAGAGAUGGUGAUAGAAAUAAACCAGCAUUGCACAUAAUCUGAAAUUCCAGGGUUCAGUUGUGUAGCAGAAAUUAUUAUGUUACUGCAUUUGGACUAUAGCUCCUUAGAUCCAUCCUACCAAUUAGAGUUUUUAAAUCACCCUUACAACUAACGUGGAUAUAAAAUCCUGGUUAGGAUUGGAUUGGCCUAGAAGAAGAAGAGUUGGCUUUUAUACCCCUUUUUCUCUAGCGUAAGGAGUCUCAAAGCGACUUACAAUUACCUUCCCUUCUUAUCCCCACAACAGAUACCUUGUAAGGUAGUAAGGUAGGUGGGACUGAGAGAGUUCUGAGAGAGCUGUGAAUAGCCCAAGUCACCCAGAAGUCUUCAUGUGUAGGAGUAGGGAACCAAACCUGGUUCUGUCAUGACAUGUACUAUCAACAGUAGAUCAUCUCCUAGGCAGCAGAAGUAAGAGUCAGAAAAAGGAGUCAAAUGACAGCUAGACUGGAUCAAACCAGUUCCAGAUGGCCUUUAAUGUGAUUAGUUCAUCAAUGUAUAAAAGUAUUUGCACUGUACAGUGUAUCUGUUCUUUUGGGAAACUUGUUUGGCGAAGCACUUUGUUUGACUUCCAUAUCUGUGUAUGUAGCUCUGUACAUAUUACAACUAUAUGAUAAAAGCCUUCCUUGUGGAA